AACGACGAAUUUGUCGUUCCAAAUAGCAUUCUUGUAUUAUCGGAAAACGAUAAGAUUGCAGUUAUUCCACCACUUAGCGGAGGAUAAUGGAGAUACUAAAGAAUUUUGUCAAGCUGCAACAAGAGGAAUUAAAUAUUGCAGAAAUCAUGGAACUAGUGACAUUUCCUAACUGUGGAGCAAUAUCUAAUUUUAUUGGAAUUACUCGAGAUAAUUUUGAAAAUAAAAAGGUAAUUAAACUGGAAUAUGAAGCUUAUGAAUCAAUGGCUUUAAAAGAAAUGAUUAAUAUUUGUAACAAAAUUCGUUCACAAUGGGACGUAGAAGGCAUCGCUAUAUAUCAUCGUAUUGGAGAAGUACCAAUAUCCAAAGCAAGCGUUGUAAUUGCAGUUUCCUCUUCCCAUAGAGAGCAAUCACUGAAGGCAGUAGAAUAUGCUAUUAAUGCGUUAAAAGCAUCAGUACCCAUUUGGAAAAAAGAAGUAUACGAAACAGGAGAACCACAAUGGAAACAAAAUAAAGAAUGUAAAUGGAUGAAUACUUUGAAAGAGGAAGAAGCUCAGAUGGCUUCAGAUAUAAAUGAAAAAGUACCAAAUAAAGAUGUUGUCGAUCCAAACCUUGUACAAAUUCGAGCAAAUUCAGAAGAAUUAAAUCGUAGAAUAGAAUCAUUCAUCGAAAGAAAACGCCAACAUGUAAAUACUGUGAAUGUUCAAGAAUUUUGCCGUUACAGUACAUAUACAUAACUGAUAUAAUUACAAGCUGAAAUUAUUGUAACUAAUUGCUAUAAAUAAUAUAUCUACAGU